GACGCAGGCCAGUACUCCUCACCUACCUGCAUGCGGGUCUUCUCUUCGUUCGCUGCGCUUCUCGCCCUGGCUGUUGCCGCCACCGCCCAUGAGAGCGUCAUUUCGCUCCGGGGCCUUCAAGUCAGCAACGUGACGACGACGACAGUGCCAGUGACGACGACCGUGACGCCGCCGCCAACGCCGACGCCGAUGGAAACGACGCUCGCCCCGACCACGCUACCGGUGACAACGACGCCGGCGGUGACGACGUCGGUGGCUCCGACGACCACGGUCCCGACAUCGACGCAGCCGACGCAGACGCCGCCGCCGACGCAGCCCAACCAACCGACGCAGGCGCCGCAGCCGACACAGGCCCAGGCGACGCCAGCGCCGACAUCGGAGUCGUCCUCGGGCACGGGUCCCACGCGCACGCCCAAGCCGACGACGCUGCGUCCGACGCCCGUGUCGAAUGAUUCGGGUGACUCUGGCAUUAGCUCGGGCGCCGUCAUUGGCAUCGUUGUUGGCAUCGUCUGCGGUGUCGGUGUCCUCGCCGGCCUCGUGUACAUGUGCGUCAAGAAGAAGAACGCCGACGACGACGACCUCCUCUCGCCCAACGAUUUCGGGGCCAAGGACGUCACGCCCGUGUACAACAACAACACCAAGCCCGUGACGCCGGUCCAGCCGUCGUACGCGCCGGCGACCACCGCGACGGCGACCACCGGCAACAGCUACGCCUACUCGAACGACUAUGCGGCCAACCCGUACCAGCAGCCGACGGCACCGGCGGCGAUCGCAGCGGUCGCGGCCGCGCAGCACCAGCCGUACGCCGACAUGUAUGGGCAGACGUCGCCGACAGAGUUUUACGACCGGGAGUCGGCGACCUCGAGCGAGCCGAGCAACCACAGUGGCAAGAACGCGUGGAUGCAAGCGAUGCAAAAGCCCAACUACGACUCGGACGGCGUCGACAUUGACCGCCUCGACACCAACAGCUACAACAGCGCCAAGUUUGACGACUCGGGGAGCGACGUGAGCCGCGACAGCAGCUUCUUAAGCCGCGACGAGAGCCUCGGGUCCAGCGUCGACGACUUUCCGUCGCACCGUGGCACCAAGCAAGAGCGUGGCUCGUACGAGUUGUAAAAGCACCGCCGAAUGCAGGCGGCUUUUCCCAAUUAUUUUAUCGAAUCAACUACACUACUUGUUUCCUCCUCC